AUAAGCCCACGCACUCCCUGUGAGAGCCGUAGAAGGAAGCUUCCCUCCCCCUCGCAUUUAUUCAGGAAAGCUUUCGAAUUGAUGGAUGUAACAACUCUCAUUGUAGCGUGACACAGAGUGAAAAAGGAUUAGCUAUCUCUGAUAGCUGUCUUCAUGAUGAUUUUGGUCCAACAACCUUGACCCCACUCUCUUCUUUAUCCUUUAUGGGCCCCCGUUUUGUUGCUUUCUGGUACCAAAAAUCCCAUGAAUUUGUCAAACAGGACGUACGUCAGGAAUUUAAAAUAGUGGAAUUGUGGGGUUAGUGUGUGAUUAUUGUAUCUUUUUGUACCCAUCGUGUUUCUUGGCAUAUACUUCUAUAUCUCUCUCUGGUUUCUUUCCAGGAUAUGAGAAGCCAAACUUGACUGUGAAUACUUUUUUGUUCUGAGCCUUCUGGGUUUGAGAGGGGUGAAGCAAUUUUGGCUUAUUCAUUCUUUUCAUUGAUUCUGUUCCUAGGUUUUCUGUCUCUUCUUUUUGAAAUUUUCUGUCAAAGUACUGUCUUUUCACUUCUGCGUUAGUAUUUGCCCCCGUCUCAUCAGCUUUUGGCAAUCUGUUUGGGGCUCAUCUAACAUUGCUUUGUAGAUUCCCUAUCCUGUCUCUGCAUUCAUACAUGGGUUCUUCCAGUUCCAACCAUAAGGCUUUUAUUGGAGUUUCAUCCAUUUUCUGGUUGAUCUGGGUUUCAUUGGGAGGUAUUUCUGGCGAUGACUUUUUCAUAGACUGUGGAUCUCCCAACAUCACUAAAGUGGGAGAACGUGUAUUUGUGGCUGAUAAUUCUACUUCUAGGCUUCUUUCAACCUCAAGAAUUAUUUUGGCAAAGGCAGACUCCGCCGUUGUUCUUCCAUCAUCUUUUGAUUCAAACCUGUACCGAACUGCUAGAAUCCUUGAAGGUGUUUCUCGAUACACAUUCCCAAUCAAAAAACAUGGUAGGUACUGGAUUCGCUUGUACUUCUUCCCUUUUAGUUUUGGAAGCCACAACAUGAGCUCUGCAAAAUUCUCUGUUUCUGCUCAAGAAAGCACCACCCUGCUGAAAGAUUUUCACUUGGAUAGUGGUGUUGUACGGAAGGAAUACUCUUUGAACAUCUCUGAGAGCCAGCUUGUACUCACUUUCACACCUUCUUCUAAAUCAUUUGCAUUCAUAAAUGCCUUAGAAGUUAUCUCAAUUCCUGAUAAGGUUAUUCCUGAGCAUGUUGAGAGUGUUCACCCGCAAGGUGAUGAUGAUAAGAAUCUCUGGAAGCAGGCUUUGGAAACUCUUGCCAGAGUGAACAUGGGAAAUCAAUCUGUGUCACCUCUAAAUGAUAGCUUGGGCCGUGAUUGGGUGCCAGAUGGUUCGUUUCUUAUUCACAGGAAUUUUGCCAAUUUCACAUCCAACGUUACAGCAGUUAAUUUCAAAGCAGCAAACAUGUCAGAUGUUAUUGCACCAGCUGAGGUAUAUGGUACUGUGACUUCAUUGAAAGUUGUUGAUCAAGAUCCCAGAUCCAAAGCAAAUAUGACAUGGCUUUUUAAUGUUGAUCCUGGCUUUGAUUAUCUGCUUCGGUUUCACUUCUGUGACGUUGUGAAUCUACCACCUGACACUCUCUUCAGUGUUUAUGUUAACUCGGGGCUUGUUUCUACUAUCAAUGUUGGCACGGCAAUGCCGCAUCAAGGAGCCCCAUAUUAUGUGGAUGCAAUCACAAGAGUAAGUGGUAGCUCUAAUUUAACUGUCUCUGUUGGCACACCUAGUCCAGGUGAUAAUGUUUCUCCAGUCUUUCUCAAUGGGCUUGAGAUCAUGAAAAUGAGCAAUUCAGAGGAUAGCCUGGUCUUGGACCCUAAGAGCAGUUCCAAGAAAAAACUUGGUAUCAUAAUAGCAGGUUGUGUGGCAGGUUUGGUUGUGAUUCUUUUAGUUGUGGCUAUGGCUGUUGUGUUACUAUACCGAAGAAGGAGGAACCGUCUCCAUGUUAGUCAUGAAAAUGGGAAGGACCUUCCUGGUAUGAGUGGGAUGGAUCAUUCUAACAUCUUUUCCAACUCAAAAAUUGGGUAUCGUUUUCCACUUGCAAUCAUCCAAGACGCAACUAAUAAUUUCAGUGAAGAUCUAGUCAUUGGUGUGGGAGGUUUUGGGAAGGUUUACAAAGGAGCGUUCAGAGAUGAAACAAAGGUGGCUGUGAAGAGGGGAUCAUCUCAAUCGCAACAAGGUCUUGCAGAGUUCAGAACUGAAAUUGAGAUGCUAUCUCAGUUUCGCCACCGGCAUCUGGUAUCAUUGAUCGGUUACUGCCACGACCAAGAUGAGAGAAUCAUCAUAUAUGAAUACAUGGAAAAUGGUACAUUAAAGAACCAUUUAUAUGGAUCAGAUGAUAAACCAAGCUUAAAUUGGAGGCAAAGGUUAGAAGCAUGCAUAGGAGCAGCCAAAGGGCUUCACUAUCUUCACACUGGCUCUACCAAGGCAAUUAUUCACCGUGAUGUUAAAUCAGCAAAUAUACUUCUGGAUGAGAACUUCAUGGCUAAGGUUGCUGAUUUUGGUCUUUCAAAGACAGGACCUGAGAUUGAUAAGACGCAUGUCAGCACUGCAGUGAAAGGAAGCUUUGGAUAUCUUGAUCCAGAAUACUUAACAACACAGCAACUCACAGAGAAAUCAGAUGUUUACUCCUUUGGUGUGGUCAUGUUUGAAGUCCUCUGUGGUAGACCUGUGAUAGACCCAUCACUCCCAAGGGAAAAGGUGAAUCUGAUUGAAUGGGUGAUGAAAUGUCUGGAGAGAAAUAACUUGAAAGAGAUCGUGGAUCCUCGUCUCAAUGAUCAGAUAGAGUCAGAUUCGCUGAAAAAGUUUGUAGAGAUUGCAGAAAAGUGCCUAGCUGAACAUGGCAGUAACAGGCCUACCAUGGGAGAUGUGUUGUGGAACUUGGAGUAUGCCCUAAGACAAGAAGGUGCUGGUCGCCACCAAUCGCCACAGAUUCAUCAAAUGGAUCGCUCGAACACUGGUUUAUCAGCUACAGAAUACACCAUGGGAAGCAUGGGUGCCAUCUCUGAUGUUUCAAUGAGUAAGGUGUUUGCUCAAAUGGUGAGAAGAGAGGAUAUGAGGUAGAACAUGUUACAUAUGAUCAUUUGAUUUUUCCAUUGUGAGUGGCUCAAGAAAAGUAGUACUGCAAAAUAGGUAGUUGGGUUUUGAUUUGAUUCUUAUGUUGUUACACUGGAGUGAAGUAAAUUCAGUGCAUAUUGUUGCAUAUGCCAUGUGAUAUACGGACACAGCAUAAGCAUUGUACCUAGAAUUUGUUUAAUAAUUGGUUUUCUAUAUUACAUUUUGUUCUCCUCUAUAAA